GUGCUCCGGGAGGGGGCGCUGCCGGCCUGUCUCAACCCCCAGGUGGCGGCUCUCAAACCCAGGUCUGCCGCUCAGGGCGGGGACGCGCGUCUGUUGGAGCCUUGAUCGCGGCGGGAGCGCGCAGUGCGCCCGGCUCCUGAAGCAGCAGUUCGGGUGGGACAUGGGCGGGUUCGGAACGGAGGGGGGGCCCGCAGCAGAAUAGUUCCUCUAUUGGCGCUCAUGACUGUGAAUCACUUUUUCCACCCCGCGCACACACAGCCCGCGUGCGCUGACACUUUCCUGCCCCUCCCUGUAGAAAGUUGGUCCGCGCUCCCGGAGAACUGAAGCCGAACCGAACUUUGUCUGGACAUCAUGACACUGCGCCGUUUCCUCCGCGAGCGUCCACGUAGGCAGUAAGACGGUCGGCGCGCCCCGCAGAUCCUCUGCGGUUCGGACCCGCGGGCCCGCAUGGAGCUCCAGGUGUCGGUGUGGCUGCUGUUCGGCGGCCUGCUGCCGUGCGCGCUGCUGGCAGCCUCUGUCUCCCGCUUCAACCUGCUGUCCCUGGUUUACCUCAUCUUCCUGCUCCUGCUGCCCUGGUUCUCCUACCCCAACAAAUACACACUGCGAGGUCACACGGGUCGGUUCCUCAGAACAGUCCUCUGCACCAGUCUGCUGUUUGUUCUGGCUCACGUCUGUUUUCAGACGGUACUCUACACCUAUCCACCCCUUAGUGUGGCUUUAGGGGAGAACUGUUCACAGUGGGACACCAUAAGCCGGCACAUGGGACUGUCCAGACUGCCUGUGAAUGACCCGUGGAACAUGCUUCGCCUCCUUUGUCCUGACGUGAUUGUGUGCGUGGUAUCCAUGGUUACGGUCAUCCUGUGCAGUAGACUGGUCAGGGACAGAGAAAUGGUGGCUGCUGCUAACAUCAUCAUGAUAGACGAUGAUUCUGCAGAGCAGCCGGUUGAGGAGGAAGACGAGUCAGGGGAUGAAGAUCAAGAGGAGGGCUCCUUAAAUGCAGACCCUGGAGGAGUUUUCACUGUGACCCGAGGCAAGCAGCUGGCUGAACGCCUGAAGGCCAAAGCUUGGAAAGUUCUUCAAGACCUGGGCAGGAUCCUGGCUGUGGGCCUGCUGGGUUUGGCAGGCAUCACUCUGCCCUCUGCCUUCUCUGCCUUUUACUUCCUGUUCUUCGUGGGGGUGUGCACGUGGUGGGCGUGCCACCUCCCCAUCAGCCAGCUGGGCUUCAGCGCUCUGUGUGUGAUGGUUGGCUUCUUUGCUGCUGGUCACAUCGUCUGCCUGUACUUGUACCAGAGUCUGCUGGCCCAGGCGCUCUUCCCCCCCCACAGUCUGUGGGCCAGGCUCUUCGGUCUGAAGGACUUCAUUGUGCCGGGAAACUGUUCGCUGCCCGAUGAACUCAUCCUCAACACCAACCAUGACUGGCCCGUUUAUGUCAACCCGGGGAUCCUGCUGCUCCUCUAUGUGACCGUGGUUGCUGUCCUCAGAUCAGGAAGCCCCACCCCUCAGCAGGUGGAGCAUGGGGGAAGUAGGAAGCUGAAGGAGGAGCUGGUGGAGCUGAAGCCAUGGAAUCUGCAGAGAGACGACGGCGAAGACGACUCUCAGAUCAUGCUUGUUACCACGGCAACAGAGAGUGGAGCAGGUGCUGUGGAGAACCAGGUAGAUCCAGGUACCAAGCACUCCGGAGUCCACGAGGGAGCGUCUGGGGAAAGCCCGUUCUUCCUGUUGGGGAAGGUGGUGAUGCAGCAGAGUUACGUGAGCGCCCUGAUCGCCAUGAUGGUCUGGAGCAUCACGUACCACAGCUGGCUGACCUUCGUGCUGCUGCUGUGGGCCUGCCUCAUCUGGAUCCUGCGGGCCAGACGACAUGCUGCCACGCUGUGCUCCCCCUUCAUCCUGCUCUACGGUCUGGUUCUGUGCUGUCUGCAGUACAUCUGGGCCAUGGAGCUUCACCCAGAACUUCCCACAAGCGUUGGCACCAUGAGUCUGAGGCAGUUGGGACUGGACAAGGCCCAGUACCCUUGCCUGAGACUUGGAGCAAUGCUGCUGUUUGUCCUGACCUUCUGGCUGCUGCUGCGUCAGGCAGUGAAGGAGAACUUCAAGGGGAAAAGCAGCUCUCAAACACCGUUGCAGGAAGUCGCCACAAAAGGGGGCGCCGCUGAACAGUCGAUGUUGAAGGUUCUGGGCGGCAUGGUCAUGAGCUGCUACGCUAAAUACUGGAUCUACGUGUGUGGAGGGAUGUUCAUCAUGGUCUCGUUUGCUGGGAAGCUGGUGGCAUAUAAGAUAGUCUACAUGCUGCUGUUCCUGCUCUGCCUGUGCUUCUACCAGGUCUAUUACUCUCUAUGGAGGCAUCUGCUGAAGCUCUUCUGGUGGCUGGUGGUGGCCUACACCAUGCUGGUGCUGAUCACCAUCUACACAUACCAGUUUGAAGACUUCCCCGAGUACUGGAAAAACCUGACGGGUUUCACUGACGAACAGCUGGCGGCCAUCGGACUGGAGACGUUCGAUUUAUCGGAGCUCUUCACCAGCAUUUUGAUCCCGGGGUUCUUCCUGCUGGCCUGUAUUCUUCAACUGCACUAUUUUCACAAGCCCUUCAUGAGGAUCACUGACCUGGACAACGUCACCCCAACACACAAGCGGAGAACCAGCGACACAGCUGGACCUGCUGAUGCUGUGAAGCUCGACGCUGAGGAAGACCUGAGCACCACUGAAGAGUCUGCAGAUGAAGAGGAGUUGGUGUCUAGUAAAUGGGGUCUGGUGAUGGACCGGCUGUUGGUUUUGUCCAGGAAGUUCUCGGAGAUCCUCUCUAGGGUUCAGGUGUUUCUCUGGAGGCUGUUGGAGCUUCACAUUCUGAAGAUGGUGGGCUUCUUCACGGUCUGGGUCGCUCUCCAAGAGCCGUCUGUGAUGAAUCUGGUGCUGGUGGUGCUGUGGUCGCUGGCCAUGCCCUUCUGCCGCUUCAGGCCCAUGGCGUCCUGCCUGUCUACCGUCUGGGUGUGCGUCAUCAUCAUCUGCAAGAUGCUGUACCAGCUGAGCGUGGUCAACCCAGAAGAGUACUCCCGCAACUGCAGCAUGCCUCUGACCAAUCAGACCAACUUGUUAGCAGAGGAGGUGUUGAACUCCUCCCUCUAUAAGGAGCCGGUGGAUCCAGCCAAAUGGUUCGGCAUCAGGAAGGACGCCACCGCGUUGGGAUACAGUAAGAACCAUUUGAUCGUUCUGAUGCUGCUGGUCUUUGAGGCCACCGUGUACCGACACCAGGCCCACCAUUACCGCCAGCUGCAGAGGUCUCCACCUCCAAUCACCGCAGUCUUCCCUUCUGCAACAAGAGACUCUUUAGACCAAGGCCUGAUAGCGUGCCUCAAAUACCUCAUCAACUACACGUUUUACAAGUUUGGACUGGAGAUAUGCUUCCUGAUGACAGUGAAUGUGAUCGGACAGAGAAUGAACUUUCUGGUCCUUCUCCAUGGUUGCUGGAUGGUUGCCAUCUUGGUGAGGCGGCGCCGAGCAGCAAUCGCCAGGAUCUGGCCCAAAUACUGUGUGUUCCUGUCCGUCUUCAUGAUCUACCAGUAUCUGCUGUGUGUGGGCAUACCGCCUGUCCUCUGCAUAGAUUACCCAUGGAGGUGGAACACCCCCGUCCUCAUGAACUCCGCCCUCGUCAAGUGGCUCUACCUGCCAGACUUCUUCACUGUGCCCAACUCUGGAAACCUGAUGGCGGACUUCGUGCUCCUGAUGUGCGUGUCACAGCAGUGGAAAGUGUUUGACUGUGAGCGCACGGAGGAGUGGAUGGUUCUGGCUGGAGAGAACUCGGAUGAACCUGAGCCCAUGGAGGGUCGCUUGUUCAACCCUGCGCCAAACUUCAUCAACUGCAGGAGUUAUCUAGACAUGCUGAAGGUUCUGGUGUUUCGGUACUUCUUCUGGUUCGUGCUGUCCGUGGUCUUCAUCACAGGAGCCAGCAGGAUCUCGGUUUUCGGCUUGGGCUACCUGCUCGGCUGCUUCUUCUUCCUGCUGUUUGGAACGCAGCUGUUGGUGAAGCGCUCCAGAACCCGCCUCAUCCUGUGGGAUUGCCUGAUCAUUUACAACGUGGCCGUCAUCAUUUCCAAGAGCGUUUUAUCUAUCCUGGCGUGUGUGUUUGUGUUUGAGAUGCAGAAUCGGUUCUGUUGGGUCAUCCAGCUCUUCAGCUUGGUCUGCACAGUCAGAGGAUACUAUGACCCAAACGCCGUGCACAGUGAGACGUGCACUCUGCCGGUGGAGGAAGCCGGGAUCCUCUGGGACGGCUUCUGUUUCAUCUGCCUCCUGCUGCAGAGGAGGGUCUUCCUCAGUUUUUACUUCCUGCAUGUGAGCGCGGAGCUCCAGGCAUCAGCCAAGCAGGCGUCCAGAGGCUUUGAGCUCUUCAGAGCCAGCAUGAUGAAGAACAUGGAUUUCCACAAGCAAGCUGAGGGCAAAUCUCUGUCACAGCUCAAGCGAUCGAUGCAAAGGAUUCGCUCUAAGCAGCAGAAGUAUAAAGACGGACCCAAAAGUGCCUCGGAGAGCCAGACUGAUGAGAGUCUGUCAGACCAGAAGCAGUCCAGGCAGGACAGGUGGCAUCAGCCUUGGUUGAACCACGCCUCUGUGAUCCACUCAGGAGAGUAUUAUCUGUUCGAGUCCGACAGCGAGGAUGAGGAGGAGCUCAUCUCUGAGGAGAAGCGGCCCCGGCGGCAGACGGCCUGUCAGCUGGCGUACCAGGCGUGGGUGAGCAGCAUCCGCAGAGCCCUGAGGGAGCGCCAGAGGCUGCAGAGAGCCACCAGGAGGACACAGAAGUUAAGGGGGAGAAUCUCCCAGCAGGAGGGGCUGUCUGAGACAGGAUGUGAGGAGGGCGUGUCUGAAGAAACGCUCCUAAAAGGCGAGGAAGAUGAGGAGGAGCCUGAGGAGGAGCGCUCCGUUCACGGGGAGAAGCUGCAGAAGGUCCUGGACGUCCUGCGGCUGCUCUGGGCCAUCGCUUUGGCUUUGGUGGAUGGACUGACUGACUGGCUGAAUCUUCUGACUAAGCAGUACCGCGAGACCUCCACCGUUCUGUGUAAUGAGCGCUACCUGAUCAUGCACAAGAUCCAGCAGUGUCCUGCAGCAACAGAGCAGGAGUCUCCGCCCAGCCAGAGCCCCCCAGCAGAGACCAAUGUGGGGGAGGACCCAGGAGUUCUAACCAGUCACAGUGACAUCAGCUUUGGCAGCAGCACAAACCUUCUGAAUGAAGAAAGUCAGCCCAGUCAGAGAUCUGGACUGCAGCCUAACAUGUCCACAGAGCACAGACGGUCCAGGACGGCCAGUGAGCUCCUGUCAGAGAGUGGGCAGCUGUGUGUGGAGGAGCUGGAGCAGAGCCGGGAAUUCUUUGAGGGUCAGAACCGUCUUCUGAAGCUGCUGCUGGCUCUGUACUCGCUGCUGUCAGCCCACUCUGAGCUGCUCUGCUACCUGAUCAUCGUGCUCAACAAUGUGGUCAGUGCGUCCGUCAUUUCCCUGGUGCUGCCCAUCCUGGUCUUCCUGUGGGCCAUGCUGGCUCUGCCGAGGCCUUCCAAGAGGUUCUGGAUGACUGCCAUCAUCUACACAGAGGUGAUGGUGGUCCUCAAGUACAUUUUCCAGUUUGGGUUCUUCUCGUGGAACACGGCCUAUGAGAUGACGGUGAACAAGGACAGGCCCUUCUUCCCGCCACGCAUCCUGGGCCUGGAGAAAACCGACAACUACAUCCGAUACGACCUGCUGCAGCUGCUGGCGCUCUUCUUCCACCGAGCGCUGCUCAUGCGGUAUGGGCUGUGGGACCCAGACGGGCCCCCGGUGGAGCCAAACCUCUCGUCCAAAGAAGGACUGAAGGCCGUAGUGUCAGAUGGACGGAGGGUGGAGGAAGGACGGAGCUCAGAGUCCAGCCCGAUGGAUGUUCCCGUCCCUGAGGAGCAGCAGGGCCUAUUGGCAGCAGGAAGCAGCUCGGCUCCUGAACCUGCGGCGGGCCUCCGGGACGGGCCUCCGGCACCAGGCGUGUCCACGACGUCAGUGGAAAACGGAGGAGGCGUGGAGGAGGGGAAGAAGGACGGAAAGAAGAAAAGGAGCAUCCGGUUACGGAGGAACAGACAGAGCAGGGAGGGGGGGUCCACAGCAGAAGCCCAGACCACAGAAUCUCCUUCAGAACCGACAAAGAAAAAACUCAAAGGCAGAAAGAAGGAGGCGGCCCGUCUGAGGGUUCAGGCAGUGGGACAGAAGAUGCAGCAGCUCCUGGUGUCUGGGGUUCGGAGUGUGAGUGAGCCGACUCAGAACUUCUUUAAGAACCUCACGCAGAACAAGCAUCAAGCCUCUACAGACGUGUACGCUCUGAUGUUCCUGACCGACAUGGUUGACUUUGUCAUCAUCAUCUUCGGCUUCUGGGCCUUCGGGAAACACAGUGCAGCCGCAGACAUAGCCUCCACCCUGUCGGAGGACCAGGUGCCGGAGGCCUUCCUGGUGAUGCUGCUGAUCCACUUCAGCACCAUGAUCAUAGACAGAGCCUUGUACCUGCGCAAAGCCGUACUGGGGAAGCUCAUCUUUCAGGUGAUCCUGGUGCUUGGGAUUCAUUUGUGGAUGUUCUUCAUCCUGCCGUCUGUCACUGAGAGGAAGUUCAACCAGAACUUUGUGGCCCAGCUGUGGUACUUUGUAAAGUGCAUCUACUUUGGCCUGUCGGCUUAUCAGAUCCGCUGUGGAUACCCGACCCGAAUCCUCGGCAACUUCCUUACAAAGAACUUCAGCCACCUCAACCUGUUCCUCUUUCAGGGGUUUCGGUUGGUGCCGUUUCUGGUGGAGCUGCGUGCCGUCAUGGACUGGGUCUGGACCGACACCACCCUGUCUCUGUCCAACUGGAUGUGUGUGGAGGACAUUUAUGCCAACAUCUUCAUCAUCAAAUGCAGUCGUGAGACAGAGAAGAGAUAUCCUCAACCAAAAGGACAGAAGAAGAAGAAGAUCGUGAAAUAUGGCAUGGGCGGACUCAUCGUCUUCUUCCUGAUCUGCAUCAUCUGGUUUCCUCUUCUCUUCAUUUCGUUGGUCAGAUCGGUUGUGGGUGUGGUCAACCACCCCAUUGAUGUCACAGUCACGGUCAAACUGGGAGGCUACGAGCCCUUGUUCACCAUGAGCGUGCAGCAGCAGUCCAUCCAGCCCUUCAAUGACUCUCAGUACGAGCAGCUGACCGAAAAGUUUAAAGACAACGCAGCAGCUAUGCAGUUCAUCACCCUGUACAGUUAUGAGGACAUUGUGACAGCCCUGAUUGAAGGAAGCUCUGGGUCUGUUUGGAGGAUCAGCCCCCCCAGCAGACAGGAAGUCAUUAAAGAGCUUCUGGGAAGUCAGGUUGACCUGACUCUGCGCCUCGCCUGGAAUUUCCAGAGGGACCUGGGUAAAGGCGGGACAGUGGAACACACCUUUGACAAGUACUCCAUCGACCUGGAACCUGGAAGCCUGGUCAGAGCAGAGCUGGCGUCGCUGCUCAUAGGGAACCGCACUGAGCCCGUGCUUGUCCCAAACUUUUUCCCGAACUACAUCCGUGCUCCCAACGGAGCUGAGGCCAAACCUGUCAGUCAGCUCUUUAAAGGGGGGGAGGACGGUUAUCUGGGCAUCACACUGUCCCUGAAGAGUGACCGCUCCAGCAACAGCAGUGGCUCCCAGGAGUGGUGGGACAUCGCCGUGGAGGGCUGUGAGCCGUCCUGUGGAGUCCUCCGCAUGGUCAUUUUCAACGACAAAGUCAGUCCACCGAGCCUGGGCUUCCUGGCAGGAUACGGCAUCAUGGGCCUGUACGUCUCCGUGGUGUUGGUCAUUGGAAAGUUUGUGCGCGGCUUCUUCAGUGAGAUUUCCCACUCCAUCAUGUUCGAGGAGCUUCCAUGUGUGGACCGCAUCCUGAAGCUCUGCACCGACAUCUUCCUGGUGCGUGAGACCGGGGAGCUGGAGCUGGAGGAGGAGCUUUACUCCAAACUGAUCUUCCUGUAUCGGUCUCCAGAGACCAUGAUCAAGUGGACUCGAGAAAACCGGGCUGGAAACCGGGACUGAGCGCUGCUGCCACCAUGUUUACGCAUAGGGAGUGAUAGCACAACCCCCAACCGCCCACCAGCUGAACAUUCCCCAACGGGACCGGCAGCAGCGGGACAUGGGGGUGAGCGCCAUCAGAGGAAACGCCACCCCCCGCCAGCAGGGGAGGCGUGCUCAGCAUCUGAUCAGCCAUCCCUUCAAAUAAAACAAACAUUUAGUCUUUGGAAUAAAGCCCAAGAACAGCACGAUGCUUUGGUCUUCAGUGGGACGCCACCCAAAGAUCUGAGACAGAGAAACUGCAUGUUUGGUUUUUAUGCUCUGACACUCUGAGAUGGAGGAACGGAGAUCCUGUCAGACUUUAGUCUGACUGCUGGAUCACUUCUGUUUUCUGCAGAAACAUUUGUUUAACUAAACGUUAGCGCAGCAGAAACUCUGGAUGACAGCAGGAGCUGCUGCUGCAGGACUAAACUGUGCUAGAAAAAGGCGCGUUGGGAAACUUUUGCACACUACUGUACUUUUGUGAUUGCCUCGCGAAGGACCGUUGUUAGUUCUGACCUGUGCUUCUCACUGAGACCCAUGCUAAAACACUGCCGGAUCCAGCCCCAUUUAGACAAAGCUGAACAGAGAAUUCCCGUUCACCAUGCUCACUCCCUGGUAGUGGCAGGGCGGCUAUGCUAACACAAUCAGACCACCAGGAGCAACACGGCGUUCUCCAGGAGGACACUAAAGCCCAUGGGCGGGCAGAGGAGGAGCCAAACCUUCAGUUGUUCUACCUCUGCGCCACGGCCACCUCCAGAGGAGGAGAGGAUCUAAAAAAACAAUCUGAAACACCCCACCCAUCAGUUUGAAAGGCCUGGUGAUAAACCUGAGAGCUUCAACUUAAACAAAUGAGGAGUGCUGACAUUUCAUCUCCCAGAAGACAUCCGUCCAGCUCAGGAUUGUGGCGUCUGAUGUUUUUCCACAGAGGAACGUGAAACAAACUCUUGUUGGUAUUCUCUGGUUUUAAUCUCCUUCUGUGCAGGUUUUCUGCUGUGGACGGAGUUCUGUGUGAAGGUCUGCACAGCUCCAGCAUGCACAGGGAUGAGCUGCUCAAAUGUGCUUAACCUUGAGCACAAACAGGGUUGGCUGAGCUCUAAGAGUUCACUAUUCUGACAUAUUUGUUCUGCUGGUUUACAUAUCUGUGAGCAACUUUAUCAACACUUGAAAGUAUCUUCUGUUUCAUUAAACGCUGUCUCAGACUGUAGUUUCUGUGCAAAGAAAUAAAUGCUCCAGUUUUCUCACCUGUUUGGUAACA